AUGUCGCAAUUAGUUUGCGCAACAAGUAAUUGUAAACGAAUAGCGCGUGCUCUUUGCCAUUGCUGCAAUAGAAAUAUAUGCUUAUUACAUUUGAAAGAGCAUAAUGAUGCGUUUCUUUCACAAUUAAAUCCUUGCGCAGAUGAAAUAAAUUCAGUUGAUUAUCGAUUAGUUUCAAUAGAUGCCAAGGUAUUACUUCAAGAAUAUCAUAAACAAUUGGAAGAAUGGCGUAAAGCAUCCUAUAAAACUAUUGAUCAAAUUUUCGAAGAAAAAUCUAAAGAACUUGAACGAAUUCUAAUAGAGAAAAUUGAUAAACAAAAAAUCGAAAUUAAUUUAGUACGAGAUACUAUAACGAAACUUAACGAAGAAGCAGAAGCAUCGCAGCUUGAUGUUGAUUUAAUAAAAACAAAAAUUUCUCGACUUAAUGAAAAUUUAACCAAUAUCGAACAGAUAUCUUUUAAAAUCAAUACUUAUCCAUUGAUUAUUGAUGAUAAUGCAGUUCAAAUUGAAGAAAAAAAAGAUCUGCAAACAAUCCUUUCGUCACCAUUUAAAACAAUCGAUUUCACUGACCUAGGCUCGCCGAUUAUUGCCAGUAAUAAUAAAUAUUUAUUACUUCAUCAGAAUUCGUAUUUAUGUUUAAUUGAUAAUGAGUUUAAAAUAUUCAAAAAAAUCCCUUGGCAUCUCAAACAAAUACACGAUAUAUGUUGGUCAUCGGCGCUAGAUCGAUUUAUUCUGACGACGGAAACUUGCGGCAUAUGUUAUGUUCAUGAAAAUUCAAUAUCAUUACAAGAUGUCGAAUGUCUUACAAGACAAAGAUUUUUUUCUUGUUCAUGCUCUAACACAUCAUUAUUUUUAACAACGGAUACUGUAGGUUCAUCAAUCAUAGAAUUUUGUUUAUUACCAACCAUAGAACUUAGUAGACAAUGGCAAUCUCCUGAUACGUGUACUAAAGAUGAAUAUAUAAACCGUAUACGUUAUAGUCAUGGAACAUUAGGAUUAGUGAUUCAAAAUCUUACUGAAAAUACCUUAAAAAUUGAACUGAGAUGUUCUAAGACACUGGAUCGAUUUUGGUCUAUUCCACUUAGUUCAGGUUUGAAACUUAAGCAAUACGAGUACUGUGUAUUUAAUGAUUGUCAAUGGUUAUUUAUCGAUAGAAUCUCAUCAUCUAUUUUACAUAUUACAAACGAUGAGAAAAUAAAACAAACGUGUAAUUAUAAUUCAAAGCUGUGCAAUGUAGCCCUAUUUGGUACUGAUAUAUUGGCCGUAUUAACUGAUAAAUGUAUACAUUUUCAUAAACUGUAG